AGAACAAUCGACCAACUAUCGAUUGCAAUACAAAAAUUUUAAUAUUUAUACAGACGAAGUGCUAACGUCGGUUGGGUUAGUUUUUUUGUGGCAAGGCAGUGGUGGCAGCACUGAAAAGAAGCGUCGAAGAACAACAGAGAGCGUGAAUUCGAGUGAACCGUUUGUUUUCGCAUCAUAGCCGUCAAAUUUACAAAGAUAUGUAUUUUUACAUGGCGCGAUGAAAAAUAUGUGUAUUUAGUUUUAAUUUGGCCAAGAGAGUUAUCAACACGUAAACAACAUUCAUAUAAAUAAGUGUAAGAAACAUUUAUAUUGCUUUGGACUCAAGUAAUAGCAUCUCAAAACAGAAGGCAAAAAGUGGACAACGAAAAGCGUAACGUCGCAAACAAAACCUAACCUCAUAUUCGUGCAAAAGCAGGCAAAGGAAACGUCAAAGAUUAGCAUUAGUGUCAGCACCUUCCAUUGCCUUUGUUGUAGGCAGUGAAUGCAAGAAAUAUAAUACGAGAAUUAACAAGCGGUCGCGCCAGAAAAUUUCCCGAAGAUUUCACCGAAAAGGAAACAAAGUUUUCAUCAUAUUAGAAUGGAAGUGGAUGAUGCUGCUAUGGUGUCUGGAGAUACACCAGUUGGACAUGCAGCGUCACCACGCUGGUUAGCAGAGAAUGGCGGCGCUCGUACAGCCAGUCACAUUGGGCGACGUAAUGACACGAAGGCUACUGCUACAGCCGACAACGUAGGAGAUCCACCCGAGCUAGAACCACCGCCGGAACAAAAUACUGGAGAAAUACAUUCCGACGAUAAAAAUGAAGACGAUUCACUGUAUUCAGAAUCAGCUCUAAAAUUAGAAGUAUCGGGAACGGAGGAUGAAGACAGCCGUGAUGGAGGAGCAUCUGUUUCCCAAACAUUAACGGCUAGCUCGGCAGAUAAAGAAAUGAUGAAAAUUAAUGCUAUUAAUGUUUCACUCAAACGUAAGCGGUAUGAAAUUCGAAGUUCUGGAUCAAAUGAAUGCUUAUUAGGGUUUGAUGAGAAAAGCGGGGAGGCGAAACUCGUAAAAGCGGAAUUCGCCUCAUUCUCAAAAGAAUCUGAAGAGAAUGUAGUGCAUGAAAGCCCGGAUAAUUCCCCUCGUCCUUCAAAAAAAAUAAAGCAUAAAUCAGGCGAAACCUCUCCAUCACUGGCGUCGCCAAAAUCGCAACAGUCACCCAAAAUUUCUCAAGUCGAUACUAUUAAUAUCGAAAAAAAAUCUAAAAAAGAGGAACUCUCCUUAGAGCAGCGCUCUGAACAUAUAGUGGCAGAUACCGAAGAAAUAGAAUCAAAAACAGAAGCGGAUCCUCAAAUUUCUAGCUUGUCAAAUUCUGGCACACAAGUAGGAAACAGUGUCAGCAAAAAACCAUUGUCUGCUCAAGAUGAUUUUUACAAGAAGCCGUUCGAAUACGGUUGGAAGCGUGAAUUGGUUUGGCGCGCUAAUAUGGAAUCAAGUAAAGAUAAAGCUGACGUGUACUUUAUAACACCUGGUGGAAAAAAAUUGCGUACAAGGGGUGACAUUAUACCCUUACUUGAAGGUGAUCUAACCAUAGAUAAUUUCAGUUUCGUUCGUGAGCCACUUGGCGUUGGGUCAGAAUUCGAGAUAGUGCGAAGUGCAAAGCCUUCUGGCCGCGCAUCAGCAUCAGCCACGGCCCUAGCAGCGGCACCAACCCCUACGAACAUCGGUAAGCGAAUAUCUAAGCCCAAAGGUCCGAAAGGCGCCAGCCCACCUCCCCAAGGUUGGACACCGACGCGGGCGCUUAAAGUAAAUAACGCCUUGCUUAGUGGCAAUGCUUCGAGUAGAUAUACAAGCCAUGGCACUCCUGGGACGCCACCAAGUAGUCGACAUGCCAGCUCCAGUAGCGGUGCAAGCCAUAAAAGCGCUAAAACUAAAAAGGGAUCUGUCAGCACAAGUGUGACUGUUACAACCGCCAAUGCAAGCGCUGGACCGGCUAAUAAUCUGAAUUCCCGUUCAACACUUGAACCGUGCACAAUCAAAUGUUCACGAGCAUCUGGACAAGUACCACAACUUAAAUGUUUUAAAUGCCUUUGUCUAUUCCAUCACGAAUGUGUCGGCUUAAGCCGUUCAAGUAGCGAAUAUUGUAUUGCUGGAGAAGGUGGUGCUCUAUCGAAGGGACGUGAAUAUUUCUGCGAGGCUUGUGUGCCGGUUUCAGAGGCUUCAUCUGGAACAAAAUUAGCGACUACACGGAAACCAACUAUCGGUCGUCCUAUACGUCUAGAAAACAAGUAUCCACAAACCAUUGCAGUAGUGAAAGGGAAAAAGUAUGUGAUGGUUGCCAAACCUAUUGCUCCCCCAACUGAACAUGUCAAUGAUAUUGAAAAUGAUUUGAAGCAAAUUAACGAAAGUAUCCGAAACAAUCGUAAGACAUCUGCAGCUUCUUUAGAUGCACCUGUUCUGGCACAUAGCAUUCCAGCCGCUCAAACUACAGUAGAUCAAUCGAAUAAAGUUUUUGCAACAAACUUUUUCGCUAAUGUAUCAUUUGCUUAUGAUGCAUUACUAUGUAUUCUUAAGUACUUGAAAAUACAUGAACGUCCACGCGCUGCAUCUGUAUGUAAACUCUGGCAUCUCGCUGCUAAGGAUACAUCUCUCUGGCAAACUGUUCGAAUGAAAAACUCUAGAGUUAGCAGUUGGGCAGGUUUUGCCGCUGCACUACGUCGUGGUGAAACAAAGCAUUUAGAUCUAAGGAAAAUGUUAGUGUCUAGCACACGUGGUGAAGAGAUGUGGCAAGACUUUUCCGAGCAUAUAGGAACUGUUUGUUCCUUGGAAAUAAUCGAUUUAUGUCGUUGCUCUGCUCGCAUUGUUGAAAGUUUAUUUCAAAGCAACAAAAAUUUGCGCAUUUUAAAUGCCGUUGCCAUUAAUGAUGAUUCUAUAAGUCUAGAGCACAUUGGAAUGCUAACGCGUCUAGAAGAGUUGCGUCUGAGAACAUGCGAGCCAGGCGUAAUUACAGGCAAUUUGCAGUCACUGCAAGCACUUGUUAAACUAAACCAACUAUCUUUAACAUCUGUGCGUGAGUUGGGGUCGAAAGGUGUGGAAGUAAUUGGUGAAUUAGUGAAUUUGCGUUCACUGGAGUUGGGUGAAUGUGGUGACUUUGAUCCCACGUUCGCAAAGGUUGUACUUCCCAAAUUAAAGAAUCUUCGACGCUUACGUCUCGAGAAUGGACAAGAAACCAACUGUUGUACUCUUGAAAUACUAGACGCUGUGGCACAACUUGAGGAGCUUUCACAGCUAGAGCUUGUAAACUUCGAUAUUAAGUCUGGAUUUGAUGAAAAAUUGCAACUUUGUACUAACAUUCGGAAGUUGCUGAUCAUACCGACAUAUAUUUCGCAAUCAGCUACGACAAAUCAUAUUGUUUUGAAUGCCGUACAGCAAGUGGCUUCCACAUUGAAGGUGUUCACGUGGGGAGUAACAGUUGAGCUGUUGCGGGUAACCGCUUUAUACGUUGAUCAAUGCGAAGAAUCUACUAAAAAGGAGAAACAUCACUUUGAUGAAUGCAUUCCGGUCCUAAAACCUGUGCCCGGAGCACCAGCUGCAGACGAUGAAGACGAAGAUGAUGAGGAGAGAGAAAACGCCAGGGACGAAUCAGUCCUUAGCGAUGUCCCACAAAUUGAAAUUCUACCAUUAGACAAAGUAGAAUCCAUACUGGGCGACAAUUUGCCGAAAACUAAAUUUACAAUUGUAAAAGUGCCGUAUCAUGCAACGUGUAAGCAGCAGCUAGUUGAGUGAAAGCUUAAUGAAUAACUGAAAAUAGGCAUUCUAACUUUUAUACCAUGAAAAUAGAAGUUGGUUAUACUAACAAAAUGAGAUGGGGGAAUGAUUCCGAAGAUCUGCAGCAUUCGCAUUCUAAUUCCGGAUUAUUAAAUUUAUCCGACUUUGAAAGCCAAUUUAUAAGAAUUGCUUGUGUACAAUAUAUGCAAAGUUCAUCCUGUUUUAUUUAAUUGGAGAGUUGUUAUUAUUUGGGAAAUAAUUUGAUUGGCUUAAAACCACACUUCGUAUCAUUACAUUUUAGCUUGCACAGCACAGAUAAACAGCUGGCGCAAAAUUCCCAAACUCGUUACAAUCACACUCAUUCGCAAACUUUGAACAGUUAGCUAAGUUUUCUUCAGCUGAGUAUAUAUGUAGUUACUCAAGUCUUAUCGAUUUAUUAUAAUUAUUAGCAUUAAUAUCCUUAAAAAUGAAGUUUGUAAUAUUAACCUGUAAUAAUUUGAGUUGCAGUUUUACAAUCGCAAUAAAUUGUAGACGUAAUUGCAAAUUUUUGUUUUUAUGUAA